CACACACCAAUCAAUCCUCUCUUCUCGUCAGCGGCGACGCAGAUGAAGCCAAGAGAGGCGCCGAUCGUGAUAGACGACGACUCGGAGGAUGAGAGUGGAGAUGUGCUGCUGAACGAGCAGAGGAGCAGCAAGAGGGCGCGGACGUUCAAGGUGGAUGAUGAGGACGACAGUAUCGUGGAGAUUACGAGGGAGAGGCAGGCGGGCCAGGCGGCUCAGCCGGGCCCCGAGGGUUUGUCAUCGUCCCAGCAGCAAAUCCAAGCUAAGGAAAAGGACCAGCAGCAGCAGCUAGCAGCGAUAGCGCUCGGGAUUGGGGGACUCAGCGGCCUCGACCGAGCUGCUCUGGAGAGGGAAAGGAGGGAGCGCCAACGUCAGAGAAGGAGGGCGGCUGGGCUGGCGAGUGAGUCAGAGGACGAGCAAGACAACGACCCUGGAGCUGCGGGCAAGGCGCGGCCAACUCAAGUAUCAUCAGCUCGACCUUCAGCCUCCUCAUCGUCAACUCGCCCCGGGCCAGGCUUCUCCUUCGCCUCCUCGUCCUCGUCUGCCACUACAUCCCGCGUAGCCGCAACGUCAGGCAUCGGCUCCUCCUCUCCUCCAGCACUCCGUCGGAUCCUCUCAGGCGAUCCAUUCUGGGAUGGGGCUGUGAAGCGGUCUUACAAUCGGUACACCUCAGAUGGAGUCCCCUUCUCCGACUUUCUCCUGCCCACGACAAGGAGCAAUGCUGCUGGCCUGCAAGCCGCGAUCGUCGCCUCAUUCGACUGGGACUUUGCCUGGCUUGGCUCAAUGCUACCUACAGAGCGUGACGCCCUUCCCGGUAAACAAGGCCCGCAGAUCACAUUCGUGAUGAAGGAGCGCCCAGGCCUCCCUGCGGGAGUACACCAGAUGGAGAAGCCGGGGUGGGUGACACUUGCAGUCAAGAAUAGGGGCAAUGACUACUCUAGCAUGCAUAUCAAGAUGCUACUCCUCGUAUACCAGGAUCGACUUCGCCUCGUGAUCUCCACCGGCAACUUGAACAGGAUCGAUUGGGAAAGCCUGGAGAAUGCGGCCUGGGUGCAAGACUUUCCCCUUCUACCUCCUGGCGCCGCAGCGAGCUUGUCUGCUCAAGGCACAGACGUAAAGGAUCAGCUCGUCCGCGUGCUACGCGGUAUGGACGUCCCUGCUGCCCACCCGGUCUCUCGCGCUCUGCAGCGUUACAAUUUCGACAAAGGGCCCACAUUGGUCGCCUCCAUACCGCGACGCACAGCAUACCAAGGGAGGAACGAGAUUAGCCUGGUAGGACUAGGCAGGCUCGCUGACCAGGCGAGAAAGCUGCUAGGCGAUCGCGCACAGGUCGAAGUCGAGGCACAAGGAUCUUCAAUGGGCUCUUACUCUCAACGCUGGCUCCAGCAAUUCCACCUCGUUGCUACCGGAAGCUCCUCUGGAUCGUCGGCUGAACUCAAGCUAGACGUUCUGCCUCCCAGCGGCAAGGCGGCCACCAAGGCAUAUCUCGAUCUUGUCGGCAAGCCCACACAAGCAAGCAAAAUGGAUCGCGCUGCUGUGCUUAAGCGCCAUGACGACACUGGCAAGGACGAUGAAGCGGCUUGGCCCCCAAUCAAGGUUCUCUUUCCCUCGCGUGACUUCGUGGUGCAUCAAUCCGUUGGCGGGGCAGCAGGUGGUGGCUGCCACUUCGGCAAGCCAGAGGCAUUCACCAAGUGGAAGCAUCUUUGCUAUCACGCCAGAGCAGAACGGCACGAAGGAGUUCUGAUGCACCAGAAGGGCGUGCUCGUUGUCAAGAAGGGGAGGGAGGUUGAGCAGACGGCGGGCAGCAGCAGUAGCCAUUCGAAAGACGAAGAGGAGACGAUCGGCUACGUCGUCAUGACCUCCGCCAAUUUCGGGCAAAAUGCCUGGGGCAACCUUUCACGUCCUUCUGCACAGGCUGGCAUUCAGCUCAGCGUCAAUAAUUGGGAGCUUGGCGUUAUACUGCCCUUGAAGAGGAGAGAUUUGAGGGCGGAGGCGAAAUUGACGACGAAUGCGAGGAGCGCUAUUUGCUGGAAGAGGCCGGCCAGGCAGUACGGCGAGGGAGAUGUGCCUUGGUCGCCUACCGUCCAGUAGGAGGGUGGAGGAUGGAGGAAGAGGCGGGGAAACAGAGCAUCUAUCAUACCCAUGUCAAGCAGCGCAGAGCUAGCAUCUGCGUCAAUCAAUACGAAUCCGAUCACAGCU